AAACGGCAUCGUACCAGGCAGAUGCGGGCCCAGGCGGCUUCCCGUUCACCGCCCACCGCCCACUGCUCAACCCUCCCUGGUCGACCUGCCACCCAAACCGCGCAUUCGUGCCGCUUCCCACCUUCACCGGUCUCUCUGUGUGCGAAACGGUGCGAUGCGUGCACACCGCUUUCUUUGUUGAAGCGCCGAGACGCAAAGUCGCGAUAAUCCCGCGGGAGCAUGCGAUUCAAACGCGCCAAGACGAGGCGAUGUGGAUAGAGCCGUGCAUCCCCGGUCCCGAUAGAUGAUCUGGCAGCGCAUCAAGCCGCCGAUUUGGAACAUGCCAUGCAGGACCGGUCAAGGCAGCAAGCAAGCACCGCCAGGACUCUCUAGCGCCGCACUCCGCAAGGCGACGUCUUAUAUCUACGCACUUAUUCGUCGCCUCGUUCGCGUUCCCUUGUCCCGUCAUUGGUUCCUCGAUCGGAAAAAGAUGGAUUGGAACUUGUAUGCCUGGUGGGCCAGCCUGUCUGCCUGGUGGGCCAGCCUGUCUGCAUCGGAACAAGGGUUCGUGAUGACUUCGGUCGUCGUGAUCUUGGCGAUCUUCCUUGUGCGCCAUUGGUGGGCGCCUCGUCAAAAUGCAGGUGUUGGAAUCCACAAUCCCAAUGCUCCACCCAGUCGCGUGCGGAAAUUGCUCAAGGGCUGCUUCCACCUAAUUCUCCUGGGGGCCUUCAUCGUGGUGGUCGUCGUCCUGCUCCUUUGGGCGCUUGUAUAUUACUCGACCCCAGAACAGAAGGCCUCGGUGUGGUUCAAGGUCCGCCGAACAAUGGCCAACACCGACGCGCCUACGCAGCAACCCGCCGUAUACCCUCUCCCACGCGAAGUCCCCACCAUCACCUGCCCCGAUGAGCAGACGCCCGACUGUGUAGCCCCUCAUGUGCUGCUAGAGAUCAAGAGCGGCACGUCAGAGCACAGGGAGCACGUCGACGAAUGGAAUAGCAAGCUCUUUGACUACGGGCUUCUAUUGGAUGAGGACGGGUUGGGGGGACGGCAAAGACAAGAGCAGAAGAUGGUGAAAUGGGUCCAGCAGUACAAUCAAGAUGUCAUGAAAGCGCGAUCAGAGUUUGACAAGAAGACCUCGGCGCUGAUGCAGACGGCACUGCAGGAGAUGGAGUGGAGCGAUUGGGCUCUUUGGGCGCCGCGGAACGUCGUCGACGAGCUCCUUGCCGCCAACUGGACCAGCCGCUCGCACUUGGAGAUUAUCUGCGAACUUGGCCACAGCCUUAUCGACCAGCACGAAGCGUACCAAAGCCACGAAGGCUUUCCCCAGUUGGAUAAUGCCCUCAAGCGUCUCAUCAAUGCCUCGUAUGCGACCACAGCGACUGCGGACGACUUCUGGAAGCAGCAGAGGCCGGGUGGCCUCUCCUGUGUCUUGAACGGAAACUGGCCGACAUGCACGAAUGAAGACAUGGCCGACUCAGAACGGAAGGCGCAGAUGUCGAGCUUCGAACACGAGCAGAAGAGGCAGACGGGACGGGUGAGCCGGAUGAAGGUUGGGCUGGAGCAGUACCAAGCGGAGGAGGACGUGGUGGGAAGGCGACUGGACUCAAUGACCCAGAGGCUGUGCGACCAGGCAGCGCGGGAGGCUAGUGGGGCGCCACGAACAGCGUGGGUGGGCUACUCAACAGAGCAGACGGUCCGAGGAGGAGGAGGGAAGGCGGAGAUGCAGAUGAGCUCGAGGGCCAUUGUGAGGUGGCUGGGGGCUGAGACGAGAGCUGCAAUUGGCAUCGGCAGCGAGGCGGUGUGGGCUGCGACGACGAUCCGUGUGAGGCCGGUGCCGAAGGCGGACGAGCAGCCGAAGUGACGGAGAGACGAGCAGAAGAGUCGGAUUGAUAGAUUUGAUAGACCAAGACAUGUCAUUCCAGUGCAGACAGAUGCAGCGCAAAGUGAAGACCUCGCGACCACGGCUCCCACUGGCUACUGUCUGCCGUUG